AUGGACAUCUGCUGCACGUUGCUGGUAGCGUCCCUCGGAUCUUCGCUGUUGGCCUUUGGUGGAACGUCACACCGACGAUGGAGGUUUGUCGCACGGGAACUACUGAUAUUGGCGGUGUUGAUCGCUGGAUGGCAAUCGGUGCCUGUUCAAGGUGCUAGUCCCUGGCGGAAGGCUAGUUCGGAUUCUGAGGAGAGCUACUACGAGGUGGAGGACACGGAUGAUGGGGAAUACAAGCACGGAGUGGACACGGUUGGCGAUCACGACGAUGACGAAUCAGUGGAAAUUGAAUUCGAGGAGCACGAUCAUCACUCAUCGAAUGGAGUGAGAGGACAUAUUUUAAGCGAAGAUCACGAAGUCGACAACGAUGACGACGAGGAGGAAGUCGAUAAUGGCCACAGCGGUCUCAUUUCACAGCUGAUCAAUUUCCAACAGAAGCAGGAGCAGGGAAAACGGUUUAACCACGAUGGUGGUGUGGUUCCACCGGUGACGAUCGCUGUCCCUUACCCGGUGCACGUGGAAAAGAAGAUCCCGGUGUUCAUCGAGAAAAAGGUCCCUGUGUACGUGGAGAAAAAGGUGGAAGUUCCUGUCGAUCGACCAUACGAGGUUCCCGUUCCGGUGCGGGUACACGAGAAGGAAGUUAUACACGUCCCGAAACCAGUCGUCUUCAACGUUGACCGUCCGUACCCGGUGUUCGUACACCGGACCGUGUUCGUGGAGAAGUACCGCCCGUUCAAGGUGCUGAUCAAAUCGAGAACGCGCUACUAA